AUGAGCGGCGACCACAGGUAUCCAUUCCCACAAGUGUUCCUCGUGGACGGAGGUGGAGGUCCAGUGGAUCCUGCACAGCCUCCGAGUCUUGUGCCCUGCUGGACGUCGCCUCCUGCCCAGGAGAGGGCGAGGAGCCGUGGAAGGAGUGGGGGCUUCAUGCGCGUCAGCCCCUGUCUGACUUUGACCGUCCUGCUGCUGUUCCUGCUGGUGUUUGCAGCCCUGGGCUUUGAGGCCUAUCAGAUUUAUAAAAUGCAGACAGAACUGAGACAGAUGAGACAGGGUGAACCUGUGACAGAGUUUAAUAUGCCUCAAAAGCAAAUAGGUCUCUAUGAACCUGAGCUGCAUGACAAAGACAAAGACGACAGGCCUGCAGCACAUGUGAUAGGGCAGAUCCAGACAGAGAUAUUCCAAAAGACUUUGCAAUGGGAACCGAAGGGAGGUCGGGCCUUCUUGUCUGGAGGAGUGACCUACCAGAUUGAGGAUGGCAGCCUGCGGGUCAAUGAGAGCGGAUUCUAUCACGUCUGCUCACGGGUGGAGUUGAUCUUUAAGAGCUGCUCAUCCGCUUUCCCGUUCGUUCACUCGGUGUUUGUGAGGAGAGAGGGACGCCAAUCACCCCUCACCCUGAUGGAGGCCCACAGAAACGGCCCCUGCCCUCAGCAGCACCCCUGGACCUCUGACAGUUUCCUGGCCUCCGCUCUGAAGCUGCAGAAAUACGACAGAGUGUUUGUGAACGUAUCGCAACCCAUAUAUCUCAGCCACGACCAUCAUGCCAACUUCUUUAGUCUCUACAAGAUAUGAAGAGGUUGCACUGAUGGGCUUAGUUUUUUAGUCAAUGACAGAAUGUAAACAGUGGAAAACAAAU